UGAUUCUAGAAUUUAUUUCGGUAAAAGCAUAAAUCGGCGAUUAAUUCAUUAAAUGAUGAAUGGUUUUCAAUAUAUUUUGUGUGCGUCGCUUCUGAUUCACAUUUAUGCAUCAGAAGAUCUGUACGAUGUACUUGACGUCAAUAAAGAUGCGUCUUCUAAUGAUAUCAGACAAGCUUAUAAAAGACUUGCAAGGGAAUGGCAUCCUGACAAGAACAAAGCACCUGAUGCUGCUGACAAGUUUACAAAAAUAAAUGAGGCAUACGAGACCCUGAGUAACCCAGAGAAGAGAUCUGCGUACGACAAUUAUGGCUACACGUCUCAGAAUGGACGACGACAGCCUUUCCAUCAGCCGAAUGGUUUCUUCCCAUUUGACGACUUCUUUUCCGGCUCCGGCUUCAAUUUUAACUUCGGAAAAGGUUCAUCUAUUCUUGAUAGAUACUCCACAACGCUGAGGCAUUUUGAGAUGAGAUUGUUGCCCGAGAGUCACAAGACCCCAUGCUUCAUUUACCUUCACAGCAGUUUCUGUUUCGAGUGUAUGCGCAUUGAACCAUACAUUGAGAAGUUUAUUGCCGAACUGGAAACAGUCGGACUUUGUAUUGGAACUGCUCACAUGGCAGUGAACCGAGGCAUUUCUAGUCAUCUUCGAAUCCACGACGUGCCCGCAAUUGUCGGUCUAGUGAACGGCAGACCAACGUUCUUUAGCGGACCUGUCAACCUGCAGACACUGAGGGAGUUUGUCCGCAACUGGUUUCCCAAGGAUACACUUACAAACGUUGAUGACAACAACUACGAGACAUUCAUCAGUGGAUGGAGAGACAACCACGUGCGAGCGAUUUUCUUCAGUCACCGAGAUCGGCCUUCAACGCGGUUCUUAGCGCCGGCGUUUCUCUACCGAGACUAUGUGACGUUCGGCUACGUAAACAUGAAGUCUGAAUCUAUCACAAAUCUGAUGAAGAGGUUUGGCGUAAAUCAAAAUCACGAGUCACUGCUACUGUUCAAUGAGGAAUCCGUUCCUGUGGCAACUAUCAGUAUGAAACAGUUACAGAGGAAAACACUGGAUGAGGUGAUUGAACAAAAUCGCUUCCUCAUUCUGCCGAGACUGUCAUCACAGAAACAUUUUGAUGAACUCUGUCCCGUGCAGCCGAAAGUUGCUAGACGAAGUUUCUGUAUCGUCUUGGUGACGAAGGAGUCUGAGGAUCACGACUACCACCGGUCGACGUUCCGCGACUUCGCUCAGUCAUCACGGACUCCGCCGAGUCGUGUGAAAUAUGUGUAUAUCUACGAGGAGAAACAGUCCAAUUUCAUCGGUGCACUACUCAAGGGCAACAAGACGAGGCAAGAGAGUGUUUUGGAGGUUGCUAUAAUAUGGAGAGUUGACAAGAAGAAGGUGAAUUACGAAUUCCUAGAAGAUGGGUGGAGCUCGGACACACACUUGAACAGCAUUAGUCGGAAACGGCUGGAGGAGAGACUAACAAGUCUGCUAACCAGCGACCACCUCCUACCAUACAGAGUGACAUACCCGGAACUGUACAACGAACACGCACUGGGGCUGCUGACAAGAAUAUUGUACAGGCUGCUAGACUGGGCUGACAGAGCUUAUAUGUACGCACUAGGUUAUGACACGACUGUGUAUCUGACUGUCCUCAUGUCCGUGUUUCUGGUUGUGGUCAUGGGAUUGUUCAUGCAUCACCUAGCAACCAUCGAAGAACAGCAGGUCCAGCAGACGAGAGCUGCGGCGAGGGAUAUGAAACGACCCCAGAGUGUUUUCCAAGACUCUAAGCUUCACUUGUACGAGCUGAAGUUUGAGACGUACGUGAACCUGGUGAAAGAAGCUGACACGGGACUGACGAUCGUCGUGUUUGUUGGCGAGACGUCGCGAGAACCGCUCUGUACCAAGUUCGCAGCACUGAUGUACCCAUACGCAAGAUACAGUGCCCUGACGUUUGCGUUCCUACGACUGGAGUACUACAUCAGCUGGUACCAACAUCUCCUGGAGGAGAGCCUCGACUUCAAACUCAAACUCGACAACAUCAACAUCCGCAACUGUCUCGGCACCGUACUGGCAAUCAAUGGCUACCGAAAGUACUUCUACAUCUACCACCCGAAAAACACACUGCCGUGGAUGCGCAAACACAGCAACAUUUCAAAGUCUAUCGGUUUCUUUGACGACGAUUCAGACCCGGAGAUGGAGGACAAACCUGUGGAACAUCUCCUCGAUGGUUUGUGUCUGUGGGUCGAUAAGAUGUUCGAUGGAUCGGUGAAAAAGAUCAGGAUACCUUACUGGCCGGACAUGUUUUCUUGAUAAAUGUCUGUUUAUUCAUAGAGAGAGAGGAGAGUGGCUGUGUGUUUUGCAAGAUGUCAAUUGGAUGUCGAUUAGAAUUUGUCUUCGAACAUUUAUCGGUGAAUAAAAUGUUUUAUGGAUCAGUGAAAAAGAUCUGGAUACCUUAUUGGCCAGACAUGUUUUCUUGAUAAAUUCUGUUUAUUCACAGAGAGAGAGAGGAGAGUGGCUGUGUGUUUUGCAAAGAUGUCAAUUGGAUGUUGAUUAGAAUUUGUCUUCAAUCUCUUAUCAGUGAAUAAAAUGUUUUAUGGAUUGGUGAAAAAGAUCUGGAUACCUUAUUGGCCGGACAUGUUUUAUGGAUGUUUCAGUGACUGUGUUUUGCAGGGAGUCAGCUGACAAUACAAUAAUAAGAAGUCAUCUUUGAUCUCUACAGGAGAAUAAAAUGUUUAUGAAUCAGAGAAAGAAAAAACAGAAGCAUUAUACAUUAUUGGCAAGAUAUGUUUUCUUGAUAAAUUUUGUUUAUUCAGAGAAAGAGGCGAGUGGCUGUGUGUUUUGUCAGAUGUCAAUUGGAUGUCUGGAUUAGAAAUCGUCUUUGAUCUCCAUCAGUGAAUAAAAUGUUACAUUGAACAGCAGUAUACAUACCUUUUUUGAUCAUGUGUUUUCUUGAUCUUCCUUUGUUAUUAGAAACAAGAGGCUGGCUGUGUGUUUUGCAAGGAGUUAAUUGACUAUAUUGAUAUGAAGUCAUGUUUGAUCUCAAUAGGAGAAUAAAAUGUUGAUGAAUCGGAGAAAGAAUAAAAAGCAUUAUACCUUAUUGGCCAGACAUGUUUUCUUGAUAAUGUUUUCUUUUAUUCCAUGAAAGAAGAUAGUGUUUUGCAAGAUGUCGAUUGUAUCUGUCUUGAUUAGAAAUCGUUUUCAAUCUCUAUCCGUGAAUACAAUGUUUUAUAGAUCAGUGAUAAAACAAACAGCAGUUAAAUACGAGUGUUCAUCACCUAAUUUCCACAUAUUUCUGUUUACAAAUGUCUAAAAUUGUCCACAAUAAGUGGUGUUUUGUUUUUUGAGGAUGUCAUCAGCAUACGAGGGAUAUGCAAGCAUUACAAAUAUGUUUUCAUUAGUUUAUGUGGUGUUUUCUUUGUUUAGUCUGAGUGCAGUUGAUCAGUAAAUUAGAAAACUGCUAUUAAUAAUAGUGCAUGAGAUGCCUACAUUCCUUUACUUUAUUAUUAUAAUCAAACCUUUCAACCUUUGUCACAUAGGUUGUCUAAAAUACAAAAAGGUUUCCACUUCUGCUGAAUGUUUAUUCUGUUGGCAAUUCUGAGCAUGCCUACAACAGUUGUCAACAAGAAACUUUGUACCAAACAAGCGAAUGACAAUCAAGCCCAUGUUUUAGUUGAGAGUUACGAAUUUCUUUGAUGUUUGCAAUGUCUUUGAAGUUUGCAAUGUCUUUGAUGUUUGCAAUGUCUUCCUGCAUAAUUAUAACUGGGGCAGAAUGUAGCCCAGUGGAAAAUACUCCUUGAUGUGCAGUCAGUUCAGGAUCGAUCCCCGUCAGAGGGCUCAUUAAACUAUUUCUUGUUUCUGCCAGGCAGUGUAACAUGACUGGUAUAUCAAGGGCACUGGUAUAUGCCAUCCUGUCUAGGGUGGUGCAUAUAAAAGAUCCCUUGCUAAUAAUGGAAAAAUGUAGCAGGUUUCUUCUCACACUGUUUUUCAAAAUUAACAAAUGUGUCGGAUGGUGCAUAUAAAAGAUCCCUUGCUACUAAUGGAAAAAUGUAGUGUUUUUUCCUCUCACACUGUUUUUCAAAAUUAACAAAUGUUUGGCAUCUAUUACGCAAUGAUAAAUCAAUCGGUGUGCUUCAGUGGUGUUAAACAAAACAAACUUUAACAACUUUCUUUGAUGGUUGCAAUGUUUUCCUGCAUAAUUAUGACUAAUGCAUACCAGUAUUUACUUUGGUGCACUGCAUGCAUUUUUAGGCUUGUCCAUAACCUGAAAUAAACAUAUCUUAUUCCAGACAGGAUUUUCUUCCUUUCAACCUAUUAUUAGUAUUAAUUUUGUAAACAUCAUACGGUUUAAGUGUCGUUUGUUUUCAAUUUUAUUUGGUCACAAAUUGUGAUGUGUUAACAUGAAAUAUUUUUAUUAAUGUUGAUUUAAAAACAUUUUUUAUUCCUUUCCUCAUUGCAGGUAUAUUGAACAAAUUAAAGCAAUGAUUCCUUUUCAUACCAACCAAGCAGUUUUGUAGUUGUAUGCUUGGCUCAGACUCAGGGGUGUAGCAUGAUCUGGACCUAGGGGGGUUCGAAUAUGAACCAAGUGGACCUUUUUCUAUUUUGUUUUUGCACCACCAGAAACUCCAUAUGUAUAAACCUGUAUGUUUUAGUUCUGAAAGCGGACCAUUUGCUUCAGUCCGAACCCCCCUAGCCUAUGCCUCUGAGACUACCAACUGCCAGCAGAAAGUAAGCAAACUUUCUGCAAUCACAACUGUCCAGUUGCUAGUCUGAGCGCUCUUACAACUCUAUAUUUGUCGUAUACUGGUACGACUUUACAACCUUUUAGUUGUUAAUCUUGAGCGCACCCAUCCUAAGUUAGGAUUUGGGAAAAUAACAAUGCAACCAUUGAGUUGGCCAAUUUCAUUGUGACAAUUGACAGUCUGAGCCUAGUGUUAUGAUCGAGCAGUUUUGUGGGAUUGCCAUUUGGUAACAUUACAUUCAUCGCUUAAAGGGACAGUCCUGAGUUUGCUGCAAUUUUUAAGAUGUUAUCGACUAACAGAGACUUUUUAACGAUUGUAAUUACAUAUCAAAUAUAUUUUUCUAAAUAAAAUAUUAGUGGCUG